AUGAAAUCUACUGCAAAUAUCUUUACUACUAUUGCUGUACUUCUAAUUAUUAAUUUUUCUACUUAUUUUGUGGAAAGUGUGGAAGUUGUCCAUGGCAAAUACACAGAAGGUAUCAAAGAGUACCACAUGGCCAUACCACAUAAAGCAACCCCAGAUGGAGAAUUUGCUUCCUUCCAUUUGCCCCAUUUUCACGACUACGAUGCCACAGAGUUUAGAAAACGCAGGAAACGAGAUAUUUAUGAUGAAGAUUCGGUCCAUUAUGGAGUACCUAUAAAUAACGAGCUCCACCACCUAGAACUAUGGCCAAAUAGAGACUUUUUGCAUCCCCAAGCUAUAAUAGAAAGAAGGGAUCCUUCUUUGCCACCCUAUAAGCAAAAUAUCGGAGGUUUUAGAGACAAGAAAUUGUGUUAUUAUAUCGGAAAAGUUAGAGGAUUGGAAGAUUCUAGAGCUGCUUUAUCUACGUGCGAUGGUUUGACUGGCUAUAUUCACUUUGGAGAUGAAAUGUUUUUCAUAGAGCCUGUUGAAAAUCAUUCACCGAACAGCAAAGGACAUCAUUUGCAUAUAGUUUAUCCAGCCAACUCAGAACCAACUAAGGGUUUUUGUGGUGUGAAAAACAAUUUGGAAAUUUGGGAAAAGUCUAUUAAAAAAUUUAGGGAAGAGUACGAUAAUGGAAAAAACGUAUUCAAGAAAAGAGAGUCAGAUGCAAGUUUUGAUAUAGUUCCAAAGUGGAUGGAAACCAUGGUGGUGUGCGAUAAAAAAAUGAUUAUGAAACAUAAAGGCAAAAGAGACAUAGAACAGUGGCUUUUGACUUUAUUUGGCGUGGUCAAAAGUUACUAUGCUGAUUCUUCAAUGACAGGCGUCCUACAGCCAAUUUUAGUCCGCAUAGUUCUUCUAGAGAAAGAAGAAGAAGAAAUCGACUUGAAUAUAAUUGAAGAUUGUGACGCCACCCUGGAUAAUUUUUGUGCUUGGGCGAAUAAAUUGCAGCCCAAGGAAGCGUCCCAUCCGAAUCAUUUCGAUGUUGCCGUCCUACUUUCUGAGCUGGGCAUGGAACAUGACGGAGAAGCCCCAGUACCAUGUCCCGAUCAGGAUCCAGCAGAUCAAUCCUGGUAUGUUAUGGGUCCGUACGCUCAUUUGUAUACUUUUCGGUGGUCUCCGUGUAGUACUGCUUCUAUGCGUCAGUUAGCAGAAUCUCAUCUUUUGGAUUGCUUCGACGAUGAACCGACACACGAAGGCUACGCUUUAGGUGAUGGAAUGCCAGGGAUACUUUACAGCAUAGAUGAGCAAUGUAAUAUGAUGUUGAGAGAUGUUAACGUUUCUGGAUCCUGUCAUAAACAAGCUAAAGUGAAUUGUUCAAAAAUAUGGUGCCAGGAUAAUGAAGGUUGUUUUAUGUGGAAGCUGGAACUAGCUGAUGGUACUCCUUGUGAUGAUAAUAAGUGGUGUUUUAAAAGAAAUUGUGAAGAGAAGGGUACCCGGCCUGGCGCAAUUGAUGGAGGUUGGGGCGACUGGGGAGAUUGGGAAAAAUGCUCCAAGUCUUGUGGUAGAGGAAUCCGAUCCCGUGAAAGGCUGUGCGACAAUCCCAAACCAGAAAAUCAUGGGAAAUAUUGCACUGGUUUAGCUAAGGAAUAUAAACUUUGCAAUCCUGAGGAUUGUCCUCUCGAUGCGAUAUCUUUUCGUGAACAACAAUGCAGCGAACUAUUUCCCAAAUCACUUUUCAUAACUCAAAACGGCCUCAAACCUGAAGAUAUGACAGGAGCUUUGUUUGAUCCAAGUGCCCCUUGUAAGCUAAUCUGUAUAAUAAAGAACGAAUCACGUGCCGUUGUAGCAAAUGUGAUCGCUGAUGGGGCUAAAUGUGAAAUAGGAAAUCCCUUGAAAAUGUGUGCUAUGGGACAGUGUAGGGAGAUAAGUUGUGAUGGUAAAUUUAGCGGAUCCACGGCUGUAUUGGAUCGAUGUGGCAUAUGCAAUGGAGAUGGUACCAUGUGCAAGCUUGUUGAAGGCAACGAUACCUCAAAAAGACCCAAAGGAUACGCGAUGAUAGCAGUGGUACCAGCAGGGAGCAAAAAUUUUAAAUUCGAAGAAAUAGAGCCCAAUCCAAAUUUACUAGCUCUCGGUUUGCCUGAUGGCAACCCGAAUUCAACUUACUUCAAUGAAGCCUUCAAAAAAAGGAAAACCGGCGUAUACACAUUGGGUUCAAAAAAGGGAAGUUUCUUGCUUUAUAAUAGGAAAGUUGGCGAAGGUGGAGGAGAAACAGAAUCUAUAAUAUGGGAUCGAAAUAAAGAAGAUAUUGGACUCUAUAUCGCACAUGCGUCACCCAAAGUUAAGAAAAUGGUUAAAUAUAGCUGGAUAGAGCCUAGUGCUACUCCUACCAAAGAACCGAAGUAUCGUUGGGAUAUGGCGGAAUAUACACAGUGUUCAGCCAGAUGUGGCGGUGGAACCCAAGAUCCAAUACUGAAUUGUUUCGAAGAAGAAGCAGGAAAAGUAGGAAAUAAUCUUUGUGAGAAGUUGGAAAAACCUCAGACAUCGUCGCAAAAAUGUAAUGAAAACCCGUGUGCGGCAGAGUGGAAAGUUAGUGAAUGGGGCCGAUGUAGAGCGUGCAAGAAAAAAGGAGGAGUCCAAGUAAGAGAAGUGCAAUGCUUAAAAAUGAACCCGAAAGCUGACGGUGAUGAUAUACUCUCAGAAGACUCAGAAUGUCCAGAACCCAAACCUGGAACAGUACAGUUGUGUGAAACCGACAAGAAAUGCGGUUCCAAGAAACGAAAAGCGGCAUACGUUCCUGCCAAAUUUCAAGAUUCCGUUUGGAAGCAAAUGAAUAAGCUUCAUUUGAUUGAUAAACGUGGAGUAUUGAAAUCAAACGUUUAUCUCAAAGGAAGAGCUCCAACAACCACAAGGAGAACUACUGAAUUCACUUGGAAACCUCCUCCAUUUAAUAAAUCACGUGGUUUUCCUCUUCAUAUCGAUACAGAACACGCCGAUCAACAAGCCGACCCCGUCAAAGUUGUUCUCAAAAAAGUAUCUAAAAAGCCCACUGUUGAAACUGAAAAUAAAAUGGGAGGUGAUCCAUCAGUUGUAAUGGUGAAACAAACUGUUGUUAAAAACAAGGCUUAUCCUAAAAGAUACAAUAACACUGGUAAAGGUAAGAAGAAGAAAAAAACUACCAGACAUACUACUAAAGCUACAAGAAUUAAUGAAGAAGAAACUUAGAAACUAGAUGAGUCCUAAUAAUUUUAUUUUUAGAGGAAAUUUUUUCCUAUAAUGAAAACUUAAAGGUACUUUUUCUUAGGCUACACUAGGUAUUUCAAAUAUAUA